AGGAGAACUACAAUAAUUGAAGUAAACAACUCAGACAUAUUUGGAAGCACAGAGGUUUUUGCAGGGAAGGAACCAAUACAGUUGGGAUUUAGACACGAUUUUGUCUCUAAUUUUACAUUUUUCUGGUAUUACACAGGUAUUUCCAGUCUGUUGGAUUGAGUGUAAAUCCUGUGUAAAUCCUGCUCAGACCAUAUCGGUGCACUAAGAGGUAAUUUGCUCUAUUUAUAAAGAUCGACUCUAGUAACUGAAAUUGCUGAAUCCUCGAUCAGAAGAGAAUAGAACCGAAUCACUCAUCUCGACCUAAGAAAAAAGAUAUGUUUCAUGCAUUUUCAAUUUGUUAUGCAAGAAGUUGCAUCAUUUAAACGGAAACAGAGUAUCUCUCCUGAACUACUGCUAGAGACAAUACAAAUCCUUCAUUAAUUUUAGAUAAAAAGAUAGCAGGCUAAAGCUUACAUCAACUUUCUGCCAACUAAUCCCUGAUGCUGAUGUAGAUCUUUUAGCCAUGUAGUUGUAAUCUACCCUCAGACUGGCCCUACAGGAAUUUUGGCUUGUCCCCAAGGAAGCUUCAUGCACUUCCAUCGAAGCAAGAGGCAUGCAUAACAGUAAUGUCAUGUUAACAUCAAACGUAUAAUUACAUCCAUCUUCAACUAGGAACUUGACAAUGUUAGAACUGAAUAAAUUUUUUCUUUUCUGAAGCUUUCUUCAAACGAAGAUUUUUAGUUUCCAUUGGAAAAACAGUCAGAUCAUACAAUGUCUGUUGACUUGUACUGCAAUGAAGUAGCUAGUGAAUUUGUUUCCUCGGAGGCUGACAUUAACCCAGUUGAAAGUCUUUCUUCUAGUUUCCCAAUUGACGACGAGAGCUUCAUUGAUAGUAUAUUCGAUUCUGAGCUUGAUCAAAUGCCGGAAACCCAGUUAGUUACACGAUUUCUUGAGCUGCCGGAGAUUGUUACUGCUCGUCAAGAUGCAGUGAAUUGGAUGUUAAAGGUUCAGGCGUACUACCAUUUUAGGCCUGAAACUGCAUGUCUCUCUGUCAACUAUUUGGAUCGUUUCCUCUCAUUUCAUACUCUGCCGGAAGCUGGGAAAGGAUGGCCCCUGCAGCUAUUAGCAGUAGCAUGCCUAUCAAUAGCAGCAAAAAUGGAGGAAACAAAUGUGCCGCUGCUCUUAGACUUGCAAAUAUUAGAACCCAGAUUUUUAUUCAAGCCAAGCACAGUUCAAAGGAUGGAAAUUUUGGUUAUGGCCAGACUGAAAUGGCGAUUACACAUCAUCACCCCUUUCGAUUUUCUUCACUAUUUCAUUGAAAAACUUUCAUGUCCCAGUUCUAAUUUUAACGGUAGUAUCCAUUCUGUUCUUUCGCGUUCCUCCGAUCUUAUCAUCAGCAUACUAAGAGUGAUCAAUUUCUUGGAUUAUACCCCAUCUUCAAUUGGGGCAGCUGCAGUUCUAUGGGUAACUAAUCAAACUAUGGAUGACCCAAAACUGGGGUGCCUUCACAAGAGGGUGAACAAAGAUAUGGUGAAAAGAUGCUACAACCUUAUUAAGAAGAACAUGUCUAAAUUGUCACAUUGUAAUAAAGUGCUUAAUGUGACUAUCCAUGCAAGAUGCCAUGCUAGAAAGUUCUGCAACAAGGGAUUCAAGUCAAGCCACAGCUCGCCUCCAAACAAGUGCUAGAAAUUGUAAGUUGGAAACCCAUCAGAAGAUUUGAGUUUGCUUUUUAGAUUUGCCAAUUCUUUCUUUAAUAAAAAAAAUUGUAAGUUUUCUUUUUUUUGAUUUUGUGUUUGUGUGAUUCGAUGUGAAUAAGAUUUAAUAUGAUAAAAAAAAUUAUAUUUACAC